AUGUCUUCAGUCGAGAUCGAAGCUGCAGAGUAAGUAAAAUUUGUUUCGAAGAAAAUCUGCGUUUAGUGUAAUCAGGUUGAUUGAGCAAUAUCUGAAGGAAAACAACCUUCAUCGUAGCUUGUCGGCAAUCCAGGAAGAAACUAACAUAACUUUGAAUACAGUCGACAGCAUUGAUACAUUCCAAUCGGACAUUUUAAAUGGUCAUUGGGACAAAGUCCUCAAAGUCAUACAACCGUUAAAACUACCGGCGAAGAAGUUAAUUGAUUUAUACGAGCAGGUUAGCCUUGAUAUUUUAAUUUAACAUAUAUUUUAGAUUGUAAUUGAACUAGCGGAGAUGAGAGAGAUCGGCUCAGCGAGGUUAAUGCUGAGGCAAGCUGAUCCACUAUUACUUUUGAAAACUUCGGAUGUGGAAAGAUAUACGAAGUUAGAAGCAUUGCUGGCGAAGACGUACUACGAUCCCCGGGAAAUUUAUCCAGAAAACAGCAACAAGGAAAAGAAAAGAAGCAAUAUCGCCCAGGUAUGUCUAAAUUCGAUUUCUUUAACUUGUUGUUUUAGUCUUUGUCCGCUGAAGUGAAUGUAGUUCCACCAUCCAGAUUGUUAGCUCUUCUUUCUCAAUCUUUGAAAUGGCAACAACAUCAAGGUCUUCUUCCACCAGGCACCCAGAUCGAUCUUUUUAGGGGCAAAGCAGCAGUCAAAGAACAAGAAGAGGAACGUUAUCCAACGAUAGAAGCCAGGGCUAUUAAAUUUGGGGCCAAGAGUUAUCCCGAAAGCAGUAUUUUUAGUCCUGAUGGUCAAUACCUGGUAACCGGAUCCGCGGACGGAUUUAUUGAAGUGUGGAAUUAUAUGAAUGGAAAGCUUCGAAAGGAUCUCAAGUAUCAAGUAAGCGAGAUUCUUAGAAGAUUUUUUAUUUUAGGCAGAAGAUGAUUUUAUGUUGAUGGACACGAGUGUUCUCUGUAUGGCAUUCAGUCGAGAUUCAGAGAUGUUGAUUACGGGAGAUAAAGAAGGGAAGAUCAAAGUCUGGAAAGUUUUGACAGGGCAAUGUCUUCGCAGAUUCGAGACUGCCCAUACUCAAGGGGUGACAAGCGUAUCCUUCUCCAGAGACCACAGUUAUGUCUUGUCUUCUUCAUUUGAUUCCUUAAUCCGGUAAGCGUUUGUGUAGAGAAUAAUGUUGUUUUUCAUAGAGUACAUGGAAUGAAGAGCGGAAAAUGCUUAAAGGAAUUGCGUGGUCACAACAGUUUUGUGAUGGACGCCACAUAUACGGAUGAUGGAAAACAAUGUGUAUCUGGAGCUGUCGAUGGGGCCCUGAAGAUAUGGAGCCUGAAGACCUUGGAGUGCCUAAACACGUUUAGAAUAGCAUCGGAUGUUCCGAUUAACUGCAUCUUGCCAAUUCCAAAAUCACCUGACCAAUUUGUGGUCUGCAAUCGAUCAAAUACGAUAUUUAUUGUCAACCUGCAGGGUCAAGUAAGUAUAAUUACUACGUUUAUAUAUGUUGUGGUCAGCUGGUACGUUCCUUUACUACUGGAAAACGAGAGCAAAGCAAUCUUCUGAGUGCUUGUCUAUCUCCCAAGGCAGAAUGGAUUUACUGUGUUGGAGAAGACAUGGUACUGUACUGUUUUUCGACCCUCUCAGGAAGUCUGGAAUCAACCAUAAAAGUGCAUGAAAAGCAAAUAAUUGGAGUUAGUCACCACCCCCAUCAAAACUUGUUGGCAACUUACGCAGAAGAUUGCCUUCUAAAGCUUUGGAAGCCUUGA